AUGCAGGUUAGCUUCAAGAACCUAGCUUCCCGGCCUUACUCCUUCCAUUCCAACCUCUUGCCCUACCAAGGAGGCCUGGGGGAAAACAACACACCCAGCCAGGAAGCGGUGCAGCCUGGCGAGCUCCGCGAGUACUCCUGGAAGGUGCUGCCCCAGAUGGCACCCACUGUCAAUGAGUUUGACUGCAAGGCUUGGGCUUACUUCUCCAGCGUUAACCUGGAGAAGGAUCUGCACUCUGGCCUAGUUGGGCCGCUGCUUAUCUGCCGCCCCGGCGUCUUGAGCCCUGCCUUCAGGAGGCAGCUGGCGGUGCAGGAGUUCUCUCUGCUCUUCACUAUCUUCGAUGAGACCAAAAGCUGGUAUCUCGCCGAGAACAUGGAGAGGAACUGCCCACCCCUCUGUCAGAUCCAGCCGGACGAUCCUGAUUUUAGAAGGAGCAGCUACUUCCAUGCUAUCAAUGGUUACGUGAUGGACGCACUGCCUGGGCUGGUGAUGGCUCAGCACCAAAAGGUGCGAUGGUACCUGCUGAAUGUGGGCGGCACUGAGGACAUCCACUCAGUCUAUUUUCACGGGCAACAGUUUGCCAUCAGGACGAACCACGAGUAUCGAAUGGGAGUCUACAACCUCUAUCCUGGUGUCUUUGGGACGGUGGAAAUGCGCCCCUCCCACCCAGGAAUCUGGCGAGUGGAGUGUGAGGUUGGAGAGCACCAGCAGGCUGGAAUGAGUGCCCUGUUCCUUGUGUAUGACCCGAAGUGCCAAAACUCUCUUGGCCUGGCUUCCGGGAACAUUGCGGAUGCUCAGAUCACAGCAUCGGGGCAGUACG